AACCGAAUGCCCAGGCCUACCGCACACAAAGAAAAAGAAAAAGCAAAAAGUUUCCGAUGGCCACGAAGAAGGUUCUCAACUUUUUGGAAGAUCCACCAUCAGCUUCUUCUUCAAGCGAUGAAGAAGAGGUUGAGAGCUCAUCAUCUGGGGAAGAAGAAGAUGAAGAAGAACAACAACAGCUCUCCAUUUCCGACGAACACAAAGAUCCCUCCCCUAAACCCCUAAAGACUCCUUCCACCACCGCCGCCGCCGCUGCUGCUCAAAGUUCCGGAUCUGCGAAGAAGCGAGCGAGUGAAGAAGAGAACGAGGAACAUGCAAAGCGAGCCAAGACGCUUUCUCAGAAGUCUCCUUUUGCGAGAAUAUGGAGUGAAGAAGAUGAGAUAUCUCUCUUACAAGGGAUGAUUGAUUUCAAAGCUGAGAAAGGUACAAGUCCGUAUGAUGAUAUGAAUGGGUUUUUCCUUGGAGCCAAAGAUUCUAUAAGCUUUGAUGCUAGUAAAACCCAAUUUGUUGAGAAGAUUAGGUCUUUGAAGAACAAGUACUUUAAGGGUAAAGACUCUAGGUCUUUUUUGAAACCCCAUGAUAAGAAAUGUUUCAAAUUGGCUAGUUGUAUUUGGGGAUCUGAUGAUGGUGUGGCUCUUCUUGAUUCUGCUCCUGUUGUUACUGUCGCUGUGAUAUCAUCAAACAAGGUUGAUAAGAAGAAGAAGCUGGAGUUUGGAGAUGAAGAGAUGCAAGUGUUGGGAUCUGAUGAUGGGAUGGCUCUUCUUGAUUCUGCUCCUCCUGUUAAGUCUCCUCCUGUGGCUGUGACUCCUGCUGUUAAGUCUCCCCCUGUUGCUGUGAUAUCAAACAAGGUUGAUAAGAAGAAGAAGAAGAAGAAGCUGGAGGUUGAAGAUGAAGAGAUGAAAGUGUUGGGAUCUGAUGAUGGGAUGGUUCUUCUUGAUUCUACUCCUGCUGUUACUGUCGCUGUGAUAUCAAACAAGGUUGAUAAGAAGAAUAAGAAGAAGAAGAAGAAGAAGCUGGAGGUUGAAGAUGAAGAGAUGUUGGGAUCUGAUGGGGUUGAAUCUGCUGAGGUUGUUAAGGCUAAGGUUGAUAUGGUUGAAGAAGAUAAGGAAGUGGUAAUUCUUGAUGGAGAUUCUGAGUCAUCAGAUUUGUUUGACAAGUCUUUUGUGGUUCCCUUAAUUGUGAGUCUCGCUGGUGUGAAUGAGUGUUCUCUGAAGCAGAAAUGGAGCAAGAUGCCAGUGGAGACCAAGAAGAGAAUUGAGGACAAGCUGAAGUUGGUGGAGGCCAAGGAAUUUGAACUGCUCUUGCUGAAGUCUGACAUUGUGAAGGAAGUGGCCUCUGUUUUUACCCAAGCCAUCUAAGAAGACAUGCAAUUAGACGGAUGUAUCCGUGGAUUUAGUAGGAGAUGCAAUGCCUCUUUUGGUAUCUAAUCUAUCUUAGGAUUUAUCUUUUCUUUUUGGUUAUUAACCGUGGGGAUUUCGAAAUGGACAUGCAAUGCCUUCGUCCUCUUUUGUUAUAUAUCUUAGGAUUUAUCUACGUUUCUGGUAUUUUCUUUUUGUCUUCUGGAUUCUUAUGUUCAGAAUUAUGAAUUAUGAAGAAGAAACGUUAGUUGUUUAAAUA